UUAUCAUAAUUUCUACCAAAUCAACCAAAAAAAUUACUGGUAAACCCUAAAAGGCCCAAAAGAAAAACAAAAGACAUUUCUUUAUCUCUUUCAGUCUAUACAAUUUCUGACAAGUUUACAGGAUACUGAACUCCAGAUAUUCUUCAUCUCUAGAAAAAAACGGGUUUGAUAAUAAGUAGGGAAGAACAAGAAAGUGUGAUUAAAGAUGAAAGGUGAAGUACAAAUGGAGGAAACUCCAUCAUCGUCAUCAUUUGCUUUGGAUGAGAGAGAUACUGAUCCUUUGAUUCCGAUGAAAAAGGAUGAUGAUGGAGUCGUUAAUAAAUUUUCGCCUUCUUCGUUGACGGAAAUAGUAAAAGCAGAAUUUGAUGAUAAUGGUGGCGAAGGCAGUGAUGAUGAUCUUGAAGCUGGUUGUACUCCUUGUUGUCGCAUUUGUCUUGAAUGUGAUGGAGAAGAUGAUGAUGAUCUAAUAUCUCCAUGCAUGUGCAAAGGUACCCAACAAUUUGUUCAUCGUUCAUGUCUAGAUCAUUGGCGUUCAGUGAAGGAAGGUUUUGCCUUUUCACAUUGCACAACUUGCAAAGCACAAUUUCAUCUUCGUGUUGAAUCAUUUGAAGACAACUCUUGGCGUAAAUUGAAGUUCAGGCUAUUUGUUGCUAGAGACGUUCUCCUUGUAUUCUUGGCUGUACAGACCGCAAUUGCUGCAAUGGGUGGUUUUGCAUAUCUCAUGGACAAAGAUGGUGCUUUUAGGAAUUCGUUUAGUGAUGGUUGGGAUCGUAUAUUGUCAAAGCAUCCUAUACCAUUUUACUACUGCAUAGGUGUGGUGAUGUUCUUUGUGUUACUUGGGUUCUGUGGGCUUAUAAUUCACUGUUCCUCUCUCAACAGUAAUGACCCGCGCAUGGCUGGUUGUCAUAACUGCUGUUAUGGGUGGGGCAUUUUAGAUUGUUUUCCUGCAUCUAUGGAAGCGUGUUUUGCACUCGUCAUUGUUUUUGUGGUGAUCUUUGCAAUCCUUGGAAUUGCAUAUGGUUUUCUUGCUGCUACCAUGGCUAUUCAGAGAAUAUGGCAGAGACACUACCAUAUCCUCACAAAGAGGGAGCUAACUAAGGAAUAUAUUGUAGAGGAUUUACAUGGGUGCUAUACCCCACCUAAGGUGGACAUGGACAUUGAAGAACGACUCAAAAUGCUCAAAUUGUUAUAAGAAUAAGUAUGUAUUUUGAAUCUGUUUAUGUUCUGAUCUGUAGCUUGUAAUAUGGAAGUGAAGUAUUUAAUCCAGAAGAAAAAGCCAAAUACUAAUAUCUUUUGUUAAUUACAAGGAAUCACAUUUCUUAUGCUAUAAGCUUAUAAUGUGUACAGAAUAGCUUUAACUAUACAUGCUAAUCGUACAAUUAUGUUCUCAGCUGUGCUCGUAAUAUAUUACAUGCUUAUUUUAAGUACUCUUAUUUGACGGAGCGUGUGUGUUUAUAUAUAUAUAUAUAUAGAGGCAGGAUCAAGUCAAAAC